AGCCAUCUCUGGAAAACAUCCACUCAUACAUAUACAUUCAUUCACAACAGACAAUUUACUCUACCCAAUUCAGCUGUACCGCAUGUCUUUAGACAGGCGAUUUCUGCUAAUGUUGACAUUUCAAAUCACCAAAACAUACAGUCCGACUCAAUGACAGUAAAUUCUUGUGUCAGGAUUAAGAAAAAAAAUAAAUAAAAACACUAUAGUACUUACCUUUUUGUCAUUUUCCAGGUUGAAGCGCCUAGAAUGACUCGCACUCACAUACCGAUCCUGGACCUGCGGAUGAAAUGUGGCUCCGUAGUACAUGAUGUCUCACUGUGGCGGGAAGAAGCACUUAACGAGCUCUAUGUCGGGGACAUCAUUGAGCUCAGUCACCUGAAAGUAAACGGAAGACCAGAUGGAAGAGCAAAAUUUGACUCUUCUAAUCACACAACUUUUAAGCUUAUUGAUAGGGAUAUCCAGGAGGCAGUUCUAAAGAUCGUUGGAGUGUCAGAGAUGCACGACAAGCUCAUCCUCCUGGAUAGCCAUAUGGAUGAGUACAUAGUGCCUGUACAUUUCUAUGCAGGCACUAUUGAGGAGCUGGCAAACCAGCUCCCACUUCAAUUAAAACUCAGGCACAUCUGUGGAAGCGUCCUCCACGUGGAACCUGCCAGUGUGAAACAGGUCCCUCCAGAUGUACCUCGUGGAGGAUCUGCUGGUGUGGAACAGGUCCCUCCUGACGUACCUUGUGGAGGAUCUGCUGGUGUGGAUCAGGUCCCUCCUGACGUACCUCGUGGAGGAUCUGCUGGUGUGGAUCAGGUCACUCCAGACGUUCCUAGUGGAGGAUCUGCCAGUGUGGAUCAGGUUCCUCCAUAUGUUCCCAGUGGAGGAUCUGCUGAUGCGGAUCAGGGCCCUCCAGAUGUUCACAGUGGAGGAUCUGCUGACCCCAAUCAGGUCCAUCCAGAAGACACUCAGGACUCAAUGGACUGCCUUUUCUAGGGUUUGUGAGGAAAGGUUCAAGGGGUGUUCAUAAAACUCACCUUUUUAAUUGUGAAAUGUA